UCACCUACUCCCGGGUUGGGUGUUUUUUUGCUGGAUUCUGAUCCGCCAGCUCGGCAGCUCUCCAGGUUUAAUUUGUUUUCACUGAAACACUUCGCUUUCUCUGUGUGUUUCUCUCCUUUGACCGGCGUGAGAUACUCAUGGAUCAGCCUUGCCGUCUGCCCUUCCCAAUCUGCACUGGGACGGCUGCAAAUGCUUUCCUCUGCUGGCUGCUGCUCCCCAGGCACAGCUCCGGACAGACGGACUGGUGUGUCUGCACAUCUGUACCCAUGCACUGCCCAACCCGCUGCAUCCACAGCACUCAGCCCUGAUGGCAGCCUGGGGGCUGCAGCGCUGGGGGUUAGGGAUGCGGUACCCAACAUUGCCCCACAGCGAUGCCCUGGGAUGGUGGGGACAGAACUGCAGCAUCGAGUUCUGUUGGCUCAGCAGAAUGAGACCCUUCUCUGGGUCAGGGACCGUCACCAGAAGACAGAGGGGAGGUGACAGGCUUUGUUGAAGCCUCUGUGACCACAUGGCUGUGGGAAACUGAUCUUCCCAUGGUGGCUGGAGAUAGCAAUGCAGUGAGCAUCCCCAGCUGGCGAGGGAAGAGACCGUGGGGUUGGUGGCCCAGCAGUGUCACUGACAUCCCCACCUGCUGGAGCAGAGCUGGGAGGGACAGCCCAGACUGCUCGCUUCCAAAUUCCUGGGGUACACCAACCCUGAGCGUGCGCUCCUUGCAGGGACCCACCUGCUCCAGUCCUCCCAGAGCCCCGUGGGGCCUGAGCUGACCCCCAUCUGUGCCCACAUCCCAAACUGGGGCUGCUGGGACAGCCGGGACCGGUGCCAACAUGGUGAUGUUGGCCUCAGGGAGCACGAACCAGUUCCUGACUGCACAGCGGGCCCUGCCCUGUUAAUGAGGGAUAAUGAGGUGCCUCUCCUGGCGCUGCAGACUUGCCCCCUGGCCAUGCUGGCUGCCAGCGCUGCCCCCGGCAGGCAUCAGCCCCAGACGGUGACCCUGGUGCAGCUCCAUGGGGUUUUGCCCCCUUUUUCUGACUUUUUUUUAAAUUUUGCUGAGUGAAGGGCUCUGCACACUCAGCACCUCUGGGUUCAUCCAUCCACCCGGGAUGCUGUGACUGUCGCUCUGUUCAGCAGCUCAUGGCCAGUGCCAUGCCCCCAGAUGUCCCCAGAGGCACAGCACAGCAGGGCCAGCUUCUGCCAGGGGCUGGCAUGGGAACAGACGGAGCUGUCGUGGUUGGGAACGAGACGGGCUGGAAAGGCGCCGGUGUUUUGCUGCUGGGGAGGGAGGACUCCGGCAGGACCGGGCUGUGCCACACAGCCUCAUCCCCGCUCAGAAGCUAGAGAUGCUGUCUUCACUGAGGGACAGACUGGGGACACCAAGUUGUUCUCCUUGGGGGGGAAAAGGGGGGACAGGAGCUCCGUGCUGGGUGCUGAGGGAUUGAAGCAGCCCCCUUGGGUGCAGGGCUGGUGGGUGCACAGCCGCUUUGCGAUGGUGGCAUGGACAUUUCCAUCUGCAGAUGUUCCCCUCCCAGCUCCCUCCUCACAGUCCCUUCAUGGUUGGUGCUGCACCCACAGUGUUGUGCCCAGGCAGCACUGCACCCUGUAGCCCCAUGCUUAAGACCCACAGACUUCUACAGCUGCUACUGCACCCCACAGCCCUCUAUCCUGGCUGCUUCUGAACCCCAUAGCCCCCUGCCCCAGAUAGCCCUGCACCCACAGACCUCUGUCCUUGUUGGUGCUGCUCCCCAGAAUCCCACUGCAUCCCACAACCCCUUCCUGACUUAGAAGUGCCCCCAAAACCCCCCCCUGCCCCACCUGGCACCGCACCCCAUAGCUCCACAUGCAGGUGCUGUUGCUCUCCAUAGCCUUGCAACCAUCCGGUGCUGCACCCCCAGCCCCUGCAACCCCCAGCCCCGUAGGACUGCAGCUCCACGCCUUGUCCUCUCCCUGCUGUGCCUUUGCCCACACCGUGCCCUGGGCUGUUUGCACGGGGCCCCAGGACUGCACCCGCCUGCAGGCACCCCGAAAGCACCGUGCAGGUGGGUGCAGCGGGGCAGCAUCGGGCCUGGCCGGGCUUCGCCUGGGCGUGAAGGGUGCUGCACAGCAGGAGGGGCCAGGCGAGGCGGGGAUGGAAUGCAAGUGGGAGAGCGGCCGGGCGUGUAGGAACAGAUCCUGGGGAGCGCGGAGCCGGGGAUCCCACACGCUGCAUGGGGCAGGACGCCGAGCUCAGCCAUAGGGACGGCGGAAUGGGGCGUCCCGUCGCUGCCGCCCCGCUGUGAGAGCCGGCGGGGGUCGAUCGGGCGGCACUGAGCUGCGGGGGUCCCGACAGCCGCGGGGGGAGGGGUGGAAAUCCCCCAGCGGGGGAUGCGCGGCUGCGGAAGCUGAGGAGCCGCCAUGACCCCCGAGAAGGUGCUGCGGGAAGGGGUGCUGGAGAAGCGCAGCGGGGGGCUGCUGCAGCUCUGGAAGAAGAAGCGGUGCCUGCUGACCGAGAAGGGGCUGCAGCUCUUCGAGCCCAAGGGCUCGCGUCGAAAGGAGCUGAGCUUCGCCCGCAUGAAGGCGGUGGAGUGCGUGGAGUGGAAGGAGAGGCACAUCUACUUCACGGUGGUGAUGGACGACAGCCACGAGAUCGACUUCCGCUGCGCCCAGGAGGACCCGGGCUGGAACGCUGCCAUCACCAUGGGCCUCGUCCGCUUCAAGAACCAGCAGGCCAUCCAGGUGGUGCGGGCACGGCACAGCUGCAGAGCAGUGGUGCAGUACGACACAGCUGCAGUGGGACAGCGCGUGGCUGUGCAGCAUCCCCGGAGCAGGAUGGAGACGGCGCUCAGCUCAGUGGGAGGAGGGGAGAAUAGGAUCCCAGCCGGCAACUGAGCCCCCGGGGCUCCCCAGGAAGGCCGGUGCAGGCAACGGCCCCAGUGCCAUGGGGCAGGACAGUGAGCACCAGGGCCUGGCUGUGCCCACUUGGACCGAUGGGGCAAAGGGCACAGCCAGGGCCACCAGCAGGGGCUCCCAAAGGUGAUGGAUGUGGCCAGGCCCAUGGCGGACUGGCGGAGACCCCUGGGCCUCUCCUGCAGGACAGGGGAUGGGAUGGGUGAGGCCGACCUGAAGGAAGCAGCGCGGUGCUGAGCCAUGGGACAUCGGAUGUGGAUGGGGACACAAACCCCGUGAGACCCCACAUGGUGGAAGGAAUGGAGAGGGGACCCCUCGGUCACCAUGCUGGGAUGGUGCGGUGACACGGCUGUGCCGCUGGAUGCUGCCCUGGGGAUGGCAAUGUGACACUGUGGCCCCCAACUCCUUGUACUGACUGUACCCCCAACAUGUCCUUCUUCUGCCGCUUUGUUCUUUUUGCUUUGUUUUGCGGGACCACACAGUACAUGGGAGAACACUAAUCCUGCACAGAGCUUCACAGAUUGUACAUAGACAUCCCCUUAAAUCUGCCAGCAUCCCACAGCCAGGCUCCUGUGCCCCCCACUCUGCUGUCCCCUGCUAUUCCCAUGGUGGCUGGGGUCGGGUUAGGGUCAGGCUUAGGGUCAGGUUUUGCUGCCAGGCGGUGCGGGCAGGACAGCAGCAGGGGAAGGGAUCCCUCACAAUGGGGCUGUGCCCCGACAGGCUGUGCUGAUGUGAGUGCCCGGAGCUGCCGAGCUCCACAAGCUGCAGCCUGAGCCCCACAGCCCGAGGCUGUGCAGAUCUGCUGGGAGCACACCCGGCUGCGUGGGAACAGCACAGCACAGUGGCCCUCUGGCCAGGCCCUGUGCCAAACCAGCUCUGGGUGUUUCUGGGGAGGGACGGUGGCACGGUCAGUGCCUGCUUGUCAUGCACCAUGCCCCUUCCAAGCAGAUCUUGGAUGGAUUUCCACCCAUCCGCCUCUCUCUGGUAUUAAGAAUUGGGUUUUUUAAUAGGGUGUGCAGGGGUGAGCUGGGGGCACGCUGUGUGCAAGCAGACCCACACGCAUGGAGCACAGGGCAGCAGCAGCACAGGUGUGAUUCCUGCAGGAAGGUUCUCAGUGGGGGGCUGGGUUUGCAGGGAAAAGCUCCUUGUAAGGAGCCCCAUGAGCUCUGCAGCAGUCUAAAUGCUGCCCACAUGUGUUAGCUGGCUGCUAGGGAUGCAAGGAGUUCAAUGGGUGCUUCCAGCCCAAACGCAGAGCAAAGACACACAGGAAGCUUCUCUAAUGCUAAAGGAGGUGGGGAAACUGAGGCAGAGCAGAGGGGUGGGAACCACACAGCCCCUGCAGCAUUGGGACCCUGGGGGCACUGAGCACAGCUGCAGGUGGGUGCUGAGCCCCGGGAUGGAGCAGGGUGCCUGGGGCUGCCUGAGUUCAAAGCCUGAAAAUCCAGCUGUGCAGCUCUGUCCUGGGUUGUCACCCAUGGUGCUGCGCUCAGCCCUUCGUACAUCCUGCCCUCAGACCCUUCACGGCCCUCUUUGGAUGCUCUCUGAUAGCUUUAUGUCCUCUGUGUCCCUUCCAUCCCCAGUGCCAAGCUCCGAUUCCAUGCCUGGAGGUGAUUUCCCCAGAUCUCUGAGCUGUCCCACCCCCUCCCCCUCAGCCCACAGGGUCUCCCCCAGCCCUGUGGUGCCCUCAAUGUUUGGGGUUGGCUGUGAGUGUUGGGAUGGGGAUGACUGUGUUUGGGGUGUGAGGUCCCAGGGGACAGCAGAGGCUCAGCUGUUGUUUCUAACUCUGUCCUGGCUGCCCUGGGAAACCCGCUGGCUCUGUAAUCAGCUCUGGGGUGAAUGGAAAGGGAGACAGCUCCUGGUAGAGGGCAAGAAUGGAUGGGUGGAAUGGCCCCAGGGCCAAGAGUUGGGGAUGGGACCCACCAGCAUUGCUGCAAAGCCACGUCAGGGGCAGCAGCUUUGUGUGGGGUGUCCAAACCACUUGUAGGGGUCAGACGUCUUGAAUUUGGGGCUCUGACACCUUCAGGAUGUGGCACAGAGAGACAUGGUCAGUGGGUACGGUGGGGAUGGGUUGGGUUGGACUUGGGCAUCUCAGAAGUCUUCUCCAGCAUUAAUGAUUCCAGGGUCUAACCUCCCCAUACAGCUCUGGGAAUUCAGUGUUGGCAUCCAUCUCCUCAGAGACAGCCCAGGACAGCCCCUGCUUUGAAUCAAUUUGUCCCAGGCUCUGGGGGAUAUUAUUUUGCAAAGAAUUUGACCUCAUAGAUCUUCCCCAUAGAUUUCCACAUUGUCCCCAUCCUACAAAUGAAGAGCUCAGAGGACAUCUCAUAAAACUACACGUGACAUCUCAUAAAGCAACCCCAGUGUCUCCAGGCAGCUCAUCACCGUGUAUGAGACAGUGGUAGGGACCCAAAAUGUCCCCAUGGCAUCAGAGGAUGGGGACACCCAUACCUCCUGCUGGUCCUUUGGCUGCUGGUCCUACAGCUCAAAGCCUAGGGCUGAGGGGAGCCCCUAUCCCUCCCCUCCUCCUCCACCCAGGUCCCUACAGAGGACGAAACUUGAGCCUGGAGCCAAUGGCAUCCCAAAAUUGCCUGCGCUGCACCCUGAGCCCCAGUCCCCAGGCAGGGCUGUGGGGAAUGCAGGGCCUUUUGUCACCAGCUAAAUUUGGUUCCUCUGUGUGCAGAAAACAAUCCCAAGGAGAGAUGCUGGAGGCACAGCCCCGCGGGCAUCUUGCCUUAUAAAGGGCUGCCAUAACGCCUCCUCCUGCAGCCUGGGAUCCACCACGCUGAUCCUGUGUCCGCUGGGAGCAGAGCAGGAGAAGCCAAGAUGGGACUGCCACUGCCACUGCCACUGCCACUGCCACUGCCACCGCCACCAAGCCCACAGCAGCAGGGGGCUGCUGCAUCGUCCCCUCAUGGCACAGGUCCUGCAGGUGUCCUAGCAGUGGGAGGAGAUGGGAACUGCACAUCCCGUGUUCAGCAGGACAUGGGGCUGCUGUAUCCCCCAUCACUGGAGCUGCCCCAUGCACGCAACUGCGUGUCCCUCCGCGACCAUAAUAGAUGUAGGAUUAAAAUACCGGGCAUUGUCCUGCUUGGCUGCACGCUGGGGAUUGUUUGCUCCUAAACUUGCCCCUAAAAAUAUCCUGGGAACAGGUGCUGCCUGCCCUAUGGGCUGCAUGGAGCUUCCUUCUGUGGGGACACCCGGCUGGGGGGCAGGGAGCAGCUUAGGGGAUGGAAACUGCUUGAGCAUCCCAAUCAGGAUCUGGCUGCUCCUGACUCACAAACCUGCACUCAGCUCUAACCAAGCACCUGGUGUUGUUGGUGGAACCCCCUCCCCAUCACCCCCAUCAGUGGGGAUGUGCACUCCUGCUCUGGCAGCCCCGUGGGCUGCACUGCUGUGGGUACAUCACUGCAGCUCACGGGCUGUGCAUACAUCAACUCACCGGGCUCUUCACCACAUCUCCUUUUCUGCAAAAAAAUAAAUAAAAUUGAGAGAUCUUCUGCAGAGGGAAAAGUCAUGCAGAGACAUGGCCUCGCGAGUUUUGCCUCCUUGCAGGGCUUACCCAGCACUGCGUGGGAGAAGACAGAAUGGGAAGCGCAUGGGCACUGCUGUUGCACCCUGGAUGCACGCAUCUGUGCACACUGGGCAGCGAGCAGCAGCAGAACUGACCUCGUGCAAACAGCAGACAUUGCUGUGAGCGCGUUGGGGUCGCGGUGCAACAAACCCAGCUGCAAUGCACACGUGUGCCCAAGGCAGCACCCCAGGU